GGCUUUCCGGAAACAGGCGAAACAGCGCGGAAGAACCGGGCGCUCUCCUUCAACAUAAACAGCAAUGGCGGAGGCAGCGGCAGCAUCGACAGCGGCCCCAGCAAUAUCGGGAAGCUGGACUAAACACGUAACCUGCAGGUAUUUCAUGCAUGGUCUUUGCAAAGAAGGGAACAACUGUCGAUACUCGCAUGACCUCACCAGCAGCAAGCCAGCCAUGAUUUGCAAGUUCUUUCAGAAAGGAUACUGUGCUUUUGGGGACCGUUGCAGGUAUGAACACACCAAACCAACAAAGCAAGAUGACCUGCCGGGCCCCAAGACACCCCUGCUGCCGCCCGCCACUGCCCCCCCACAGGCCAGCACCAGCGGCCCAGAGCCCGUGCCCAGUGAGCCCGCCAGCAGCGCUGAUGCCCAGGACAAGACGCCAGGCUCGGGCGCCGAGGACUGGGUCAACGCUGCCGAAUUUGUGCCCGGCCAGCCUUACUGUGGGAGGGCAGACCCUGCUGUUUUGGAUGGCUCCGAUCCGAUCAUCAUCGAGGAGGAGUACGAGAAGGAGCAGACCGACUCGGAGCUCAAGAAGACGCUCUGCCCGUAUGCCGCCAUGGGCGAGUGCCGCUACGGCCUCAACUGCGCCUAUCUCCACGGCGACGUGUGCGACAUGUGCGGGCUGCAGGUGCUCCACCCAUCCGACAACGUCCAGCGCUCCAUGCACAUCAAGGCCUGCAUCGAAGCUCACGAGAAGGACAUGGAGCUGUCGUUUGCCAUCCAGCGCAGCAAGGACAUGAUGUGCGGCGUGUGCAUGGAGGUGGUGUUCGAGAAGUCCAACCCCAGCGAGCGCCGCUUCGGCAUCCUGUCCAACUGCAGCCACUGCUACUGCCUCAAGUGCAUCCGCAAGUGGAGGAGCGCCAAGCAGUUUGAGAGCAAGAUCAUCAAGUCCUGCCCGGAAUGUCGAAUCACAUCCAACUUUGUCAUCCCGAGCGAGUACUGGGUGGAGGACAAGGAAGAGAAGCAGAAGCUCAUUCAGAAGUACAAGGACGGCAUGGGAACCAAGCCGUGCCGGUACUUUGACGAGGGUCGUGGCACAUGCCCGUUCGGGGCCAACUGCUUCUACAAGCACGCGUUCCCUGACGGACGACUGGAGGAGGCUCAACCUCAGCAACGCCGCCAGGCCAACUCGAACGGGAGGAACCGGAACUCGCGGCGGACACCCCUGUGGGACCUCCUUGACGAGCGGGAGAGCAGCGACUCCUUCGACAACGAAGACGAGGAGAUGGUGACCUUCGAGCUUAGCGAGAUGCUGUUGAUGCUCCUGGCGGCCGGGACGGACGACGACGUCACGGACUCGGAGGACGAGUGGGACUUGUUUCACGAGGAGCUGGACGAUUACUACGAGCUAUAUCUAUAGCCCUCCCUGCCCCCCCCCCCAUCCCUGCCCCCCUCCCCCCACCACCACGUCACUAUAAUAUCGCUUUCCUUAUUCUCACCCUUACUAGACCUUAGAAUGGACUGUCUCGUGAGCGUGUUGGACAGUAGCUUCUUUCCCCUUGUGUGUGGCAGUGCCUUCAAGCAGGCCAUUAAAACAUGAUGAAUUCAAUUCAGGAAUGAGGUGAAAAUAACUUGAUGGACAAUAAACAAACAAACAAACAAACAAACAAAAAAACAAAACAAAAAAAAAGAAACAAAAAACAACAGACUAAAAAACGAACAGACGGAAUACAGGUCAGUGCACUUGUGCUAAACAUUUUCUGAGAAAACAAAGCUCUCCAUUCUGUGAGUCUGUCCUUUGUCCCGUUUAUGUGGAAAAGAAAUAACAAAAACAAAAAAAAACAACAAAAAAAAAAUGACAAAAACAAAGUGAUGAAAUUUGAACAAUAUCACUAAUAAACCAUGUUGAGUUUACUCUAAGUGGGUUUUGUUUAUCAUCAACCCAGGUGUUUAUUUGUCUUUUCUCUCUUUGUCUUUUUCUUUUUUUUUUUUUUUUUCUAAAACAAACAAAAAAAAAAAGACUUUCUGACUCGUAGAGAAUGCAGAAUGCUCUACGCGGCAUCACUGUAUCCGGUGGCGUAUGUGGUAGUUCUGGAUUACUCUGGUCAUGCACUGACUUGGCUGGACUGGAGCACUAAGUCUCCUGAUAGUCAAAUUGCACAAAUGCACUCUUAAAACAAAGGUUCAUAAAGACUGGUCUGGUCAUUGAACGAUAUAUUAUACUCCUCCCUUUUCUCUUUCCUAUUCCUCCUCAUGUCAGUCGACCUGUGUGUCGUAUUUGUAUUCUUCUUCUUCUCAUCUCUCGUCCCAGAAUUCGCCCUCAGGAACACCUGUGGUAGCAAGUCCCUCCUACGCGCUAGGUAUACCUUUGUGAUUUGGACUCCACUCCGAAGACUUAAAUGCAUUAAAAGACGAAGCCGAAUGUUUUAUCAGAUCAACUGUCUAUUACUGUAGGUUUUUUUUUUUCUCUGCUUCAGAAACUACUGCAUAUUAAGACCGGCUGGCGGAAGCCAAUCCACAAAUACCCAAUUGUUUUUCAGUUCUUGUUGAACUUGGUUGAAAUGCAUAUGUUUAUAUUGAUAUGUGCUUGUUUUCUAUGGUCCAGACACCAUCAACAUAACUUGAAAAUAAAGUUUAUUAUCAAACUACA